GUACCAGGAGACCAGUGAAGAGCAUCCUUUCACUCAGAGUUCAGUUCCCCCUUCUGAAGAUGACAUCAAUGAGGAUCCUCUGUGUCUUGCUGUGCCUCAGCAUAGGCCGGGCACAGGGUGGAGAGACCACCUUUGAAAAGGAGGGUGCAGGGAUACGUGGUCCCAGGAUUGUGGAGCACAUGUCCCAGACCACCUGCCAGUAUGAGAAGAACUGGGCCAUCUGUGCAGAUGAUGACUGGGGAACAAAAUGUCCAUCAGGCUGCAGAAUGCAAGGACUGAUUGAUGAAACAGACCAGGAUUAUAGUCACAGAAUAGAUAAAAUCAAGAAGCAGCUUGCACAAUAUCAAAACAACUAUAAAAAAUCCAAUAAUAUAAUUGUGGAAACCAUAAAUGUACUAAAACCAAACCUGGACAGUGCUCAGCAGACGGAGGAGAAUUACGGACACGUGUCAGGAGAACUGAGGAGGAGAAUUGUGGCAUUGAAGCAGAGAGUUAUCACUCAAGUAAACAGAAUUAAAGCACUACAGAGCAGCAUCCAGGAGCAGGUGGUGGAGAUGAAGCGCUUGGAGGUGGACAUUGAUAUUAAGAUCCGAGCUUGCAAAGGAAGCUGUGCUAGAGGUUUUGAUUACCAGCUGGACAAAGAAAGCUACGACAACAUUCAGAAGCAGCUUACCCAAGCCAACUCCAUCAACUUGCACCCAGAGCUUCAAAUGACCACCUUGAGCACACUGAAAAUGAGGCCACUUAAGGACUCAAAUGUUCCUGACCAUUUUAAGCAUAAGCCUCCGCCAGAAAUGCAAGCUCUGAACAUAAUUGAUAAUAUCAAGCAGAUUCAAGUGGUAUUAGAGAGACCAGAAAGAGACACAAUCCCCUCCCGUGGCGACAGUGUCUAUCACACAGCUGAAUCAAGGGGGGGUGGACCUUCAUACACCAGCAAGUUAGUUACUCCUACUCAUGGGAGAGAAACCUCUAGUCUGGUAGACAAAACUUCCCCCAGUGUUCGUAGAUGCACCAAAACUACCACCAAAAAAGUUGUCAGUACCCCUGAUGGCCCUAGAGAAGAAGUAGUUGAAAAAGUGAUUUCUUCUGAUGGCUCAGACUGCUCCUAUUUGCAAGGAGGGGAAGGGACCAUGUACCAUAUUGGUGGGGCAGAUAACUUACACAAUCCAGAGAAGUUAUUGCUCGACUUAGAAUCAUUUUUUAGCCCUGACUCUGGCAGCAUUUCAACUCCUGGCCAGGCGGCUGGCAAAGGUGUCGGCCACUUAGGUAGUGGGGCAGCCAGUCAUUCGGGGACUUACGUGGGGAAAGGCAAAUUUACAGACUUAGGAGAGGAGGAAGAAGAUGACUUUGGAGAACUUCACUUUCAGCCAUCUGGAGUCUCAUCUGGCAGUGCAAGUCACUCCAAGACUGUAGUGACCAGCGCCUCUUCUAGUUUCAACAAGGGAGGCUCCACUUUCGAAACAAAAUCACUAAAGACCCGUGAAAUAACCGAGCAGCUAGGUGGGGUGCUACAUGAUGAGAGUGCAGAGGAUACCCCAGACUUUCAGGCACGCAGCUUCAGAUCAUCAGGAGUGAAACGAAGGAGAGCCAACACUGGGAAAGACUGUGAUGAUAUCCGCCAGAAACACACUUUUGGUGCCAAAAGUGGCAUUUUCAAAAUCAAGCCAGCGGGAUCCAAUAAAGUUUUGUCAGUUUAUUGCGACCAAGAGACCACUUUGGGAGGAUGGCUAUUGAUCCAACAGAGAAUGGAUGGAUCAGUGAAUUUUAACCGGACCUGGCAAGACUACAAAAGAGGUUUCGGCAGUGUGGAUGGCAGAGGGCGAGGAGAGCUCUGGCUGGGUAAUGAAAACCUCCACUUGCUGACUCAGAACGGCUCUCUCCUUCGGGUAGAGUUGGAGGACUGGGAUGGAAACGCUGUGCACGCAGAGUACGUGGCACGGGUAGGGUCUGAAGCAGAAGGGUACAGCCUGGCCCUGUCCUCCUACCAGGGGACCGCCGGGGACGCGCUGAUCGCCGGCUGGCAGGAGGAGGGCACCCAAUACACCUCCCAUCAGCAGAUGAGGUUCAGCACCUUUGAUCAGGACCAGGACCGCUGGGAGGAGAGCUGUGCUGAGAUGUAUGGGGGGGGCUGGUGGUACAACAGCUGCCAGGCUGCCAAUCUCAAUGGCAUUUAUUACCUGGGGGGCCACUAUGACCCCAGGUACAACGUGCCUUAUGAGAUCGAAAACGGUGUGGUCUGGCUGCCAUUCAGAGCCUCUGACUAUUCCCUCAAGAGGGUGAGAAUGAAAAUCAGACCCGUAGAAACCCAGUAGAAAGACAGGCUUUUCAUAUAUAUAUAUAUGUUAUGGCUAAGAGUUGGAAAGAUUUUUUUAUAUAUGUAUGUUCAUGAUAUACCUUUACCUCAUGAGUUUGAAGGUAACAGGACACAUCUGUGGCUUAAAAUAAAAACUGAUUAAUUAU